UGUCUCUCACUUUAAGUACGUGAAUGCAUCUAAUCGGCAUAAUACACAUUUAUUUUGCACGACGUUGUGUAUCCAACAGCAUCAAGAAGUAGCUGGAAUAAUGGAAUCAGUAGUUAUGAGCUUUUGGAUGGUCCUCAAAAUGUGCUUCUGCUGACUGCUCUAAUGUAACGUGCACAAUUGACAACAGCAGAGACUUAGAUGUAGUCUGAAGAGUCGAUUCACAACAUUUCUUAGCAUCUGAAAAGAUCUAAACAUGCCUCCAAAAAAGAAAGGUGGAGGUAAAGGUGGCAAGAAAGAUGGGGGAGGUUACAUUGUGGAUGGUGUGUCAACAACUGAGAUGACACAUGAACAACUACAAGAAUUUGCUCAGAGACUGAAGGAAGAAAUUGACAGAGAGCGAGAAGAAAGAAAUUAUUUCCAGCUUGAACGUGAUAAGUUACAGACAUUUUGGGAGAUAACUCGUCAACAGUUAGAAGAAACCCGUGCAGAAUUAAGAAAUAAGGACCGAGAAAUAGAAGAAGCUGAAGAGAAGCAUCAGACUGAAAUAAAAAUUUACAAACAAAAAGUUAAACAUCUUCUUUAUGAACACCAGAAUAAUUUGGCAGAAUACAAGGCAGAGAGCAUGGUUUCUCUCAGGAUGGCACAAGAUGAUUAUACUGAUCAAGAAAUGGAGUUAUUGGCAGACAAGAAAGACUUGAAGAGCCGUCUGAGGGAUCAGGAACUGGCACAUCAAGAAGAAAUGAGAAAUGUCAAACUGGAGCACAGUGAAGCACUUAGUAAGGCAAGAGAAAAAUUUGAGUCAGAAGCUCGAGAAAUAGAAGCAAAGUAUGAAAGAAAACUUGUUACCCAACGGAAUGAUAUAUGCAUGAAGUAUGACAUGGAACUCAAAGAGCUGGAAGAAAGAAAAAACAAACACAUUACAGAACUUAUGAAAAAUCAUGAGAAAGCAUUCUCUGAAAUAAAGAGCUAUUACAAUGAUAUUACCUUAAAUAAUUUGACACUUAUAGCAAGCCUUAAGGAACAAAUGGAGGAAACAAAGGAACAUGAAGACCGUAUGGAAAAAGAGCUACGUGAACUUAAAAAUGAAAACAAAAGAUUAGUGCAACCUUUUGAAGAGGCUCAAGCUACUGUUGCAGAUCUGACACGAAAAAUGCAGACCUGUGAAAAGGACAAAGAAUCUUUAAUGAUUUGCAAAGCACGUUUAAAACUGUGCCUUAAGGAGUUAGAAGAUCUCAAGUGGGAGAAUGAAGUACUCAAGCUUCGAUUUGAUAAGCUGCAACAUGAAAGAGAUGAAAUACACCAUCGCUUCGUCACUGCGAUAAUGGAACUGCAACAGAAAACUGGCUUAAAGAAUGUUUUACUGGAGAAGAAAUUGUCGGCGAUUACUGGCAUGCUGGAGCAGAAGGAAGCUGAGUUAGGCGAGAUUCUGUCAGCUGCAAAUCUGGAUCCUACCACUGUCGGCGCCAUCAACAAGAAAUUCGAGGAGCUGCUGAAGCGGAAGAACGCUAAGAUCCAAGACCUGCAGUACGAGCUGUCGCGGGUGUGCAAGGCACAUGACGACCUGCUGGAGACGUACGAGGGUAAGCUGCGCAAGUACGGCAUCCCGACAGAGGAGUUGGGCUUCACGCCGCUGCGCGCCACCCGCCAGCGUCACCAGGUUGCCGCCUGACGUGGAGACGCGGAGCCUAUCUGUGUUUACAUUACCUCUCGUU